AUGGAUGAGACCAUUCCUCCUGAGCAGGACUUCGCAGCGAUCGCCAAGCUGGUGCUCGUCAAGAAGUUGUUGACAAACGCAAACAUUCACUGCAUUAUGUUGGGGACGAACACUUUGGUCAGGAAUAUCGAUAAGAUUUCAAGAAGCUCCGAGUACAGUCGCGUCUCUCAACUGUUGGACAACGUCAACCCAUGGCUCUGUUCGCUUUUCUUGACUAGUUUGAGUCGAAUCCCCGAAAUCAAAAAUCCAUCCAGUUUGAUUCGAAACAUCUCCAGAGCGGUCCUGCUUAGGGUAAAGCGCGACAAAAGGAGCCUGAAGGACGAAUCUAUCUACUGCAUGUUUCAGAUUCCCGCGCAUGAAGCUGUCUCUCAGUUGCACAUCUCCAAGGGGUUUGCUCAGCUGAAUGUGUGGGUCAGCAAUUUGCCACGGCGGGGCAGUAAAGAAUCUAUGUCUGAAAUGACUAGAUUAGAAAACGAGGUGGAACUGAGAAUCCAUGACACUCCUCUGCCAGAACUGACCGCGUCUUUCCCACCUGCUGUGCAAGAUCCCAUCACCCUGGCUGUUUGUGCUGGGGCAGGACGGCCUUUCGGCCAAAGAUCAGCGCUUCAGGUCUUGCAGAGCAUCCACAAGCAGAAGGCAGUUUGGAGUAAUCCCAUUAAUGUGGAUGCGUACAAGCGAGAUGCGAACGAGUUAGAGUCGUUUGGUGCAGCUGUCCUAAUGAUCAGCAGCUGGUCUCCCUCUGAGGACCUUCUGAAGAAUAUCGCUUAUCACUGCGGCAUGCAAGAAGACCAGCCAAGUGUAGGUGAGAUUCUUGCUUCUGUCAGAAACAAGAAAUGCUUCAUGCGAAUCCUCAAAUCCUGCGUAUCCAACUUAGCUCCUGUACGAUGGAGUGAGCGGAGAGACGCAGCUUCGCCGUUCAUGGGCUACUACAUCCGUAGCCAGGACAGACAGAAAAGGGACGGUACCUUUACAGGACCAACCUCUGCAAGCCAGAAAUCAUUGAUGGGAGGAGCGGAGUACAAGAAUUGA